AUGCCCUGGCUCGACGUCCAAAAUACCACCCGCGCCGCCUACACCCGCGGCCUAACCUCCCUCCCCCUCCCCACAAACGCGAAAGCAGAAUGGCUAAGCAGCGUCACGAAGCUCCGCACUCUCUUGACUAAACUCGCCGAACACCCCGCCAUGGCGCCGAACCUGCAGCAGACCUACUCCACCCCCUCCGCGGACAAAAACAACGUCUACUUUAUGUGGGACUUUGUGGGGCGCACCCUCGUACGCUGGGCCCCCUUCGAACUCACGUUCUUGUGGAGCAGGAAAGUUAACAGCAGGCGGCAGGGCAUGUACUACAACAUCGACCCGCAGCUUGCGCACCACAGGCCCGGCGAGCCGCUGCCGGAGGACUACGCCGAUGUCAUUGGCAGGUGUGUCAUGGCGCAGCAGCUGAUUCUGGAUACGAAGCCCGGGAUGCUGGAUAUGAUGACGGAGAUGACGUAUCCGGAGCAGAAGGGGCGGCAUCCGCGGUUUGGGGAGGAGAUUUUGGGGUUGGCGAGGGGGUUGAUGGAGAGUUGA